AUGUCUUAUAACAAUUCCAAAGAGCACAAUGUCAAAACUACGGAAAAGAAGGCUCGGGCAGCAGAGGUAUCUGCUAUUCGCUUUAUUAAAGCCAUUCGCCAAAAAGAAAUAAUUAUUCGUCGCAAUAAAUGGAGAGACGAUCCCAGAUUAACUUUCGAAAAUCACAAGUUCAAGGGUUACCUUGGGUCUGGUGCAUGGGGUGACGUUUUGCUGGCCAUGAAUACAGAAACGAACAAACAUUAUGCCUUGAAGCUCCUGUUAAAUCUCACAAAAAUCUCUCUCCGAUAUAUCAGAAAUGGUCAUCCUCACAUCUGCAAUCUCGAAGCAUUCGUUCAAUACAAACCUGGAUAUGGCGAUGAAGAAUAUGCCAUGGGGCUCUAUUUCGAAUAUUGCGAUGCAGGUAACCUCAGUAUCCUGUCGAAAAGUUUUCGGACUCGAGGAAUAAAACCACCAGAGCUGUUCAUCUGGCAAGUUUUUUAUGAAAUGAUUAGCGGCAUAGCAUUUCUUCACAACGAACAUCCGGAUUAUAAUACAAAGGUAGAGAAUUUGGGUCGCGAAGCUAUUUUUCACGACGAUCUUCGAUCCGAGAAUGUAUUCUUGCAAUGGGGAUCAGAUAAAGAAGAUGGAUACCCACACGUAAAGAUUGGAGACUUUGGAACCUCAUUCACUGAGCCUCUAGGUGGCCAUAUCUCUGAUCCAGAAUUUGAUCCGCCUACGUCCCAAGAUGAGGGUUGGGGGCCUCAGCCUGUUAAACUAAAAACCGAGGUUUGGUGGGUGGCUGCUAUUGUAUAUGAAUUAGCACGUACUGGUGUCGUUUUAGACAAUAUUCUUAAACUUAGUUUGCAGCAGAGCCGCGAGCAAUUUCGGAAGAUAGUUCCUAUUGAUGGGCAUCUGAGUGAAGGUUUGGAUCAAGUGAUAAGAGGAACGCUGACUCCUGAGUUGGAAAAAAGACCUUUUUCUGGUGAAGUCUAUCUUAAUCUGAAGAAUGCUUUUGAGGAGAGGGUCGGCCUCAUGUAUAGGAAAUUACGUGAUUGGGCUGGGGAAAUGACGUUAGCUCAUGUUUUUGAUGAGGAUAUGAUGAAAAAGGUGGAGGAAGGAGGGGUUGAAGUGGAAUUGGGAUUGGGAUUGGCGGGAGAUAUUAAUAAGAAUGUAAUUUGA